UGCAGAGAGGAGCAAGAUCUUAAUAAUUUUUGGGUUUGAGUUCAGGAUCCUUAGCAAUUGUUAGGUUUAAUUCCAGAAUGUAGUAAUUUUUAAGUUUAAUUCCUGGAUCCUCAAUCAUUUUUAGGUUCAAUUCCAGGAGCCUUAGUAAUUUUUAGGUUCAGUUCCAAGAUCCUUAGUAAUCUUUAGGUUCAUUUCCUCCAGCAUCUGCCUUUAGAAUAUUAAAUGAACAACCUGCUCUGUUGCAGGCAAACGCGAAGUACGAAACAAGGUGGAACUGUUAAGUGGUAAGAAAGUUGGGCAGCUUCCUGAGAUCGGGAUGCUCAACAUAGGUAUUUAAAACAGCGUUAUAAAUUCCCCACCUAGCCUCGGCUGUGCUGGAAAGGCACUAAAACCCCAAAUACAUUUUGUCUGCAGUGUUGCGAUGUUCAUGGAAACCAGCUAGAAAUAGAAUUUAUUUAUAUAAAGCAGAUGUCAAGAAAAUAAACACCACCAAAUACGUUUAUUUGGGAGAUUACAUAGAAAAAUAAGUAUAAUCUGCGCAAUUAUUAUUAUUUUUAAAAGGCUGCAGAUAUACAUUUCGAAUUAAGAGAAAAUGUGGAUAUGUAUGUAAGUGGUUCUCGUCAGCCUGUGCACUCGUCAGCCUGGGGAUUUGUUUCCAGUGCCAAAAUUGGGCUCCCACAAAAGGUUGGGCUCGGUGACCCUCGGGAUCCCUUCCAACUCUGCAGUUCCGAUUCUAGGAUUCUAUAAAAUGCACCCUGUUCUGAAAGCCUUUGUUUGUGGCUCCAUCAGUGGGACCUGCUCUACCCUGCUAUUCCAGCCUCUAGACCUGCUUAAAACCCGCCUGCAGACCAUACAGCCAUCUGUCAAUGGAUCAGGCCGUGUUGGCAUGGUAACUCUGUUCCUUAAGGUGGUUCGCACAGAAAGUAUACUGGGGCUGUGGAAGGGUGUUUCUCCAUCCUUUGCAAGAUGCAUCCCAGGAGUAGGGAUUUACUUCAGCACCUUAUAUAUGAUAAAACAGCAUUUUAUGCUGGAGCGUUCUCCUACAGCACUGGAGUCUGUUUUACUGGGUGGAACCUCGCGUACUGUAGCUGUGGUUUGCAUGUUGCCUAUCACUGUAGUGAAAACACGGUACGAGUGUGGAAGGUACGGCUAUGAAAGCAUUUAUGGAGCCCUGAGGAGCAUCUAUCGGUCAGAAAGUGUCCAGGGCUUGUUUAGCGGUCUGACUGCAACACUCCUGCGUGAUGCGCCCUUUUCUGGCAUUUACUUGAUGUUCUACAUGCAAACCAAAAAGAUAGCACCAUAUGACCAAGUGGACCCAGCACUCUCGCCUUUAGUGAGCUUUGGCUGUGGGACUGUUGCGGGGAUUCUGGCAUCGCUGGCAACUCAGCCUGCUGACGUCAUCAAAACCCACGUUCAGGUGUCAUCCGACAAACACCUCCGGAUGCGCCAAGCCAUUGCCUUAAUCUUCAGGGAUUAUGGAUUAAUAGGCUUUUUCCGAGGUGCCGUCCCAAGAGCUUUGCGACGAACACUGAUGGCGGCCAUGGCGUGGACUGUCUAUGAACAGAUGAUGUCUAAAAUGGGCUUAAAAUCCUGAGUGAGUCCUGCAAAAGAACAAAACGGCCUAAUCCAGUUCUUCCACUCACUGCAGUUGCUUUGUGAAACUGGUGGUCUGAUCCAUAUGGGAGGGGACUUGCACCCGUUUGUGGGGAAACGCCGCCCAAGCCAGUGGACCAGGCUUUUAUAAGUGAGGCAGAAGGGAGCAAAAUACUGUUUUGGUCAUGACGGGAAGAGCACUCCAGGGAGGCGUUUCCAUACCUGACAUACGAGUGCACACCUUGGUAUUGGGUGCACAUUGUCAGACAUGCUGCUAAGGCCACCCACCUCCUUCAGAAGAACCUUUUUCCAGAAGUCCUCUUCAGCCUGAGCCGCUUCCGAAGAGAACACAGGAAAGACUCUCAAGAAAGCGGUGUUGGGGUGGCUGAACCCAGCACCCCGAACCGGUGACUCCUAAAUUGUGUGCUGACUUUCCUGCCUGCUCUCCUCUCAAGUAAUGCGUUCUGCUUGUACGCCCAACAUAAAUGGUAAAGAGGAGAGGCGACAGGAAGUGUGUCUGUUUCAGAGCUUGUGUGUGUGCUUGAGUAAGAACGAGCGAACUAAUGCCAUUGAUUGAAAGCAACAGUGGGACGCAGAAUCUUAGCAUUCCUUAUAAUAAGGCCAGGGAACCUGUAGCCUUCUAGCUGUUUUUUUGUUUGUUGGACUACAAAUCCCAUCAUCCCUAUUAGCAGAAAAAAACAAACCUGACUAUUACCAGGGUUGGCUGAGGCUGAUGGGAGUUGAUAUUACUAAUGGAAGGAUACAGGUUCGCCAUCCUUGCCUUGUGGGAUAGCUUUAGUGUGCCAAACCCUGUAGUCAGUGAGUUUAAAUGGUUGCCAUUAAGCGCUCCUGUGUCUCUUCAGUCUUCCUGUGUGUGCACGAAACAGUGGAAGAACAGAUCUACUUAAGGCACAGCUCAGGAGUCAAAUGCUGGGGCAAAUCCCUCUUAAGUUAUCUGUUUAAAUGUUGCUGUUAGUCCAGCUGCCUUCAACAAGGGGGGCUGUCCUAUCUUGCUGCUUAUUUAGCUUUCUCCUAGCUGAGUAUUGCCUGACUUCCCCCCUUCUUUGCACUCCUUGCUCCAGCGAUCAGCAUCGGAGGCCAUGCUGCAGUUGUCUUUUGUGUGAAUAAAUUAGAGUGGGUGAAAAGCAAACCGGGGCGGAAUGGCGUUUAAAACAUCUUUGUGUUUCUCAUAUGGCUGUGCUUUCCAUGUUCAUAAGAAACCUGGUCCAAAGAUCGGUGGCCUUGAAAAGACUUGGUGAUCUCUUUGGCCUAUGAAAGGGCUGUGUUUGACUUUGGAGUGCUUGGAGAAAUUUGUUUUGGCCAUUUAUUUUAUUAUUGAAAGCACUGAUUUUUUUUAAAUUGCUGAUUAAAAAGAAAAAGAAAAAAAGCUUGCAAGCAUAAUUUUCUUUCCCUCUUAUAGUCCUCCAGUUCAGUUUGGGUGGUUCCAAUACUUCAACAGUUAAAAGCUUGACAGUUACAAUGCCCUAAACAAAUUAAUAAUAAACUUGUGAAUCACCUGCGAGGCUGAACAAUGUUAAUUGGGCUUAAGCCUGACUUUCAAAGGCUCAUCUGGCCUUCAGCAAUGUGUGUGCAUAAAGUCAAAGCUCUAGCAGUCAGAA